AUGAUAGCCGGCAGGCCCGUGAAGUUUGCCCGCCUUUCGAUCCCUCAGGCCGUUCAUCCGAGCCUCCUGUAUGCGAUAAGCGUCGCUCCCCGCGCGAGCGUCGCAAACUCUCUGGCAGCGAAGGCGAUCACCAGCGCAGCUUUUCGCAGAAUCGCCCCGUGGUAUGCGUUGGACUUCGUUGUCUCGCUCUGCAGGUUCUUUAUCUUGACGCAGAUGGCGUGCCUCGUGAGAGACUACGACGACGAAGUAGUAGAUCUCAUCACGCCCAAGCUUCCCGGGGCCGUCUGCCGUAUCUGCCUUGCACUGUUAGGUGCUAAGGUUUUCGUUGGUGAGCUCAUCCUGCUGAAGUGCUAUCGAAGACCUGCCGGAUGGGAGUACUCUGGGUGGUGGAAGUUCUUCGUGUGUCUGCUGGAUGUCCUGCUGGUUGCCUUCCCAGACCAUCUCAAUGAGCAGUGGUUGCGCGUACUGCUCUCUGUGGAAAUGCUCGCCGCUGUGCUUAGAGCAAUGACUUUCUUGUGCGCCCUCGAGACUGCUCGGGUAGGUCUCCACAUUUUACCCGUGGUAGAGAGCUUUAAGGGUUCUAUUUCUAUUUUGCUGGUGAUUGCCUUCGCUUUGGUGGGCUCCACGAGUAUUUUCUGGGGCCUCUCGAACAGGUCUGCUUUUUCCGUCUUUCGUUCCAUGUUCCGGCUCGGCUUGCUCUCGGACUUCGACGUGAAGGAGGACGUAUUUGGUGGUAUCGCCGAGUCGUUCGGUUGGGAGUACAUCGCAUUUGUCUUUGCCACAUUCUUAAUCAGCGUUUCUUUGAUGAAUAUCUUCAUUGGCGUCAUGACCAGUAUGUACGAUUACUUCCAGUCUCGCGCCGUCGAGUUGUUUGUCAGGAGGCGGUCGUGCACCAGCAUGCAUUACAUGCUGCAGGUCCAGGAAUGUCAGAAACUGUUGCGGCGUAUGUGUCCAGGCAAAGAUGCACGGCCUCCUCGAAGAAGAAGAAACUGCAUGAGCAUAGACUUUCGGAGCCCCGCGCAGAUUGCGUGGAUCGGCGCUGAGCCCCCCUGGCGGCGCCUCCGGCCACGCUCCGCGCGCUGGGGACGGGGGUCCAGCACCCAUCCAAGAAAAUCCGCGCGGACCUCCAAAAGUUGGUGUUCGUGCUUUUGUCUUUCCUCUCUGCAAGCGCACGCGUCAACUGUGGUUCUGCUUCAAGGACGCGGCGCAGUCUGA